UGUGGCGUACACGUCACAUAUCUCAGACAGUAGCUAACCAAGCUAAAGCUAGGCUAACUAGCUGCUUCAGAGGGACAUGUAGCCAGUUAAACAAUCAAGUCAAGUCAGUCUCAAUGAAGGAUCUUCCAGAGUGACUGGGGCAUGGAGUUAAGAGAUAUCAAGGACCAGUCUCCAUUGGUCCAGGCUAUAUUCAGCCGAAACUCAGAAGAAGUGACAUUUUUGUUGAACCAUGAAGAAGAUGUCAAUUCACUGGACCAAGAACAAAGCACACCACUUCAUGCUGCUGCUUAUUUGGGUGAUGUCCACAUUAUGGACCUACUUAUCACCUCAGAUGCAAAUGUCAACGCUAAGGACCAGGGUAUGCUGACUCCUUUACACCGAGCAGCUGCCUCAAGAAAUGAAAGGGCUGUGGAGCUGCUGCUAAAGCACAGAGCAGAGGUCAACACACGGGACAAAUUCUGGCAUACGCCUUUACACAUGGCAGCUGCAAACUGGGCCACAGGCUGUGCUGAAGCUCUGAUACCACAUGUUUGCAGCCUGGAUGUUACUGACAGGUCAGGGAGGACACCGCUGCAUCACGCAGCGCACAGCGGCCAUGAAGAGAUGGUGAACAUGCUCCUGAGCAAAGGUGCCAAUGUGAGUGCCAAAGAUAAGAAAGAAAGGCAGGCAAUGCACUGGGCUGCAUACCUCGGACAUGUGGAGGUCAUGAAGCUGCUGGUGUCCCACAGCGCUGAUGUGACGUGCAAGGACAAACGUGGCUACACUCCCCUCCAUGCUGCAGCUGCCGGCGGACAGUUAGACGUGGUCAAAUAUCUGUUGAGGCUCGGGGUGGAGACUGAUGAACCCAACAUUUUUGGGAACACAGCGCUCCACAUGGCCUGUCACACCGGACAGGAUGCCGUGGCCACUGAGCUGGUGAACGGCGGUGCCAACAUCAAUCAGCCCAACUACCACGGCAACACGCCACUGCAUCUGGCUGCCGCCUCCUCCAGCGGGGCGCUGUGUCUUGAGCUGCUGAUCAACAACGGGGCUGAUGUCGGUAUGCAGAAUAAAGAAGGAAAGAGCCCUUUGCAUAUGGCUGCUAUGCAUGGACGCUUCACUGGCUCCCAGAUUCUGAUCCAGAAUGGUGGAGAGAUAGACUGUGCUGACAUGUACGGAAAUACUCCCCUUCAUGUUGCUGCCAGAUAUGGUCAGGAGUUGCUGAUCAGUACUCUGCUGACAAAUGGUGCUGAGAAGGCCAGACAGGGGAUCCAUGGGAUGCUUCCACUACAUUUGGCCGCGCUCUAUGGAUUUCCAGACUGUUGCCGAAAGUUACUGUCAAAUGGUCAGUUUUACAACAUCAUGCCAUCAGGUGGGUUUGAUGUAAACAUCAUAGAUGACCACGGGAGGACCUGUCUGCAUGCAGCUGCCUCCGGAGGAAAUGUCGACUGUCUCAACUUGAUUUUAAAUAGCGGUGCUGAGUUGGAUAUUAAGGAUAAUUUGGGAAGGUCUCCUUUGCACUAUGCUGCAGCCAACGGGAAUAGCCAAUGCACGAUCUCCCUGGUGAGAGCUGGCGCCGAGGUCAAUGAGCUGGACCUGACAGGCUGCAGCCCUCUGCACUACACUGCUGCUUCACACACCUUCUGUGGUGGGAACACAAACUCUCAGCCUGACUACAGAGUGGAAAAGCAACAUGAGGCGUCUCUGUGUUUAGACUACUUGCUUGACAAUGGGGCGAACCCAACUCUGAAGAACAGUAAAGGUUACAGUGCCGUCCACUAUGCAGCAGCUUAUGGGAACAAACAGCACCUGGAACUGCUCCUGGAGAUUUCUUUCAACUGUCUGGAGGAGGUUGAAAGUAAUAUUCCAGUCAGUCCUUUGCACUUGGCAGCGUAUUAUGGUCACUGCGAGGCCUUGCGUUUGCUGUGUGAGACAUUGGUGAGUCUGGAUGUGCGGGACAUUGAAGGCCGAACCGCCCUCCACCUGGCUGCUCAGAGAGGUUUUGCCCCGUGUGUGGAGGUGCUGCUGAAACAUCAAGCCUCCUACACACUGAAGGACCACAAGAACAAGCAGACGGCUCUCCAUGCUGCAGCUGCUGAGGGCCAAAUGGACUGUCUGCUUUUGCUGGUCAACAGGGAACAAAGUGCCGACAUUAUUGACAGUCCAGACACACAGGGACAGACGGCUCUCAUGCUUGCAGCUCUGGGAUGUCACACCGACUGCGUCCACAUCCUGUUGGAGAAAGGAGCAAAUACUGAUGCUGCAGACAAAAAGGGCUUCACUGCAUUACACAGAGCUGCCAUGUUGGGCAGUGAGGACUGUGUAACUGCUCUGUUGGAACAUGGGGCUUCUGCUCUGUGUAGAGACUCUCAGGGAAGGACCCCGCUGCACCUCGCAGCCUCCCGCGGUCAUAUGGAGCUACUCAAGAGUUUGCUAAAGGCUGCUAUGAAGGCUGACCCUCUGGACUCCAUGUUGGACCACAGAGGUUAUACACCCACCCAUUGGGCUGCCUAUCACGGGCGUGAGGGAUGUUUACACAUUUUACUUGAAAACAAACUUUUUUGCAACCAGGAAGGAAAUCUGUUCACCCCGUUGCACUGUGCUCUAGUUAAUGGACAUGAUGUUGCUGCUGAACUUCUAGUGAAGACUGUUGGACCUCAAAUUGUUAGCAUUAGUGAUGCCAAAGGAAGGACCCCACUACACGCAGCUGCUUAUUCAGGAAACAUCGCUGGGCUCCAGCUGGUCCUGGCCCAGGGAGCAGAGGUCAAUGCUGUGGACCAUUGUGGAUGCUCUGCUCUGAUGGUUGCUGCUGACUGUGGACAGACCAUGGCUGUUGAGUUCUUGCUGCACAAAGCGAAGCCAGACCUGACCCUGGUGGAUGUCAAUAAUAACACAGCCCUUCACUUAGCCUGCAGCAAGGGUCAUGAGAUGUGUGCCCUGUUGAUCCUGGGAGAGAUCAGUGACUCCUCCCUCAUAAAUGCAACAAACAGCGCUCUCCAAAUGCCUCUUCACAUUGCAGCGAGGAAGGGCUUGGCGACUGUAGUGCAGGUGUUGCUGAGCAGAGGAGCAGCAGUCAUGGCUGUAGAUGAGGAAGGCCACACACCAGCUCUGGCCUGCGCCCCAAACAAAAACGUGGCAGACUGCCUGGCCCUGAUCCUCUCCACCAUGAAGCCUUUCCCUCCAAGGGAGGCCGGCGGCGGCACAGCCUCUCACUUCAACCCCAUCCUGAAGAACUGCGGCAUCGCUGCCACCUGCGGGUCAAGUGGAAACCUGUGUCACGCUUAAGUUAAAAGACCGGCACUGGCACCACUGCCCUGCACGGGUGUGUGUGUAUGUGUGUGACGGAGUGAAAUUUCAUCCCCAUGUAGCCCCAAAGUCUCCGCGCCUAACCACGCACAUACAAGUCUCUGUGAACACUUGUGGUCAUGCGUAGCUUCUUUUCUUGCAUGUCAUGACAUUUAAAUUUGUGUGUCACAUGCAGCUGCACAUACGCUAUGUACUCUUGUGCCAGUAGCAUCAAUGGCUUCUCUAAAAUCUAGUCUUACACAUUAUUAUUAUUAGUUGACCUCUUAGAUGACCUUUUCUCUUGUAUGAGUUCAGUUAGCACAUGAAUAUGCUAUUUUAAUGAAGCACUAACCAUUAGAAAUGAAUGGAAGUUUUAACAUGAGCACAUUACACGAGCCUCUCCACCCAAACCCCGUCCACUGUUAGCAUUGGCUACAUUUCUUAGCUCACUAACCACCAAAGCCUGAAAUCUCCUUGUUUGUCCUCAGCUGAUACAAAUGCAAGAAUACUUGAAUGAUUGUGUGUUUAAUUUGUACGGUUAUGUUUUUACGUGUCUGUGUGUGUGCGCAAGUGCUAUUUUGCGUAUUAGACGUCGCUUCUUAAUACACUUGUUUUUAAAAUAUCUAACAGGUGCUGUAAACCUUUUAUGCAAUUAAUAGGACUCUAUUUUCUUAUUCUGUCUAAAGUGUAGCAGACACUACACUGAUCGAAAUAACCGUAUUAUUCUAAAGUUAUCAUGAUUUACAUUUCAGUUUAGUAAAAAAAAUAAGUCACAAGCAUGUGUAUAGAUUUAAUGAUAUAGUUUACUGAGUCUAGUGUAUAUAUAGUUCUUAAAAUGAAAUUAACCUUUUACUUGUAUUAUCUUGAAAAUCCCAAAUUAUUGAGAGUGAACCUCAGGUCAGUGAGUACUGUACAGAAGGUGCAAUAAAAAGCACAUCUUGAGCUGGAUGUUACAUAACAAGUAUAAAGUGUGACAGAAGUAUAUAUACAUAUUUCAGUUUAAUUAAGCCAGAGAAUUAAAGCAAACAAAUGAAAUAUCAUCUUUCAGGCUUUGAGCAGGAAUGUCUCUCAUCUUUAGUGAAUCUGACAUUUCAUCAUCUGCACCUAAAGGUUAAUUUAAUUUUUUGGUUAUUGAGUUGAUUAUUUUUAAAUUAAUGCUUAAGUGCACAUUGGUAAGGUGAUUUCUGUAGAAACUGCUUGUUUUUUUCUGAUCAGCCCACAAAAACCCAAAGAUAUUUAAACUGAUGCAAGACCAAGAAAAGCAGCGAAUCCCUCACAUUUGAGCGAUUUGUCAAAAUAGUUUAUCAAAUUAUCGUUCAGUUUUUCAGUUGAACUGAUCAGUCACUUCAACACCACAUUUCAAAUUUGUUGACUGCACAAUGAAAUUAUAUAGCAGAACUUGCUCAUGUAUGAUGCCAUUAAUUAUCCCUCUAUCUGUGAAACACUAGAAAUUGAAAUGUUUUUGAAAUGUGAUUUUCUGCACAAGUUCCACUGCUCCGGUGGAAAAAUCUCCUGUAGCUUAACUUCCUAAAUCCAAAGUGACCAGAAGCUGCUGCACAUUUGAGUGUCCAGCAUUUACUGCAUUUAUUUACAAUAAAUUUUAUCUGUUCUUAGUAAAUGUUUCAGAUAUUUUACAGUGGAAAUAAGAAAUAUCAGCAGAUCUCACAGUCCUUUUUUUAAAAAAAAAAUCAUUGUUUUAAACAUAUCAGCACAAUACACCUGUACUGGCAUAAAGAUAUUACUGCCUGCCUUUAAAGAUCAAGGUUUUCUGAAUGGCGUUGUGCAUUUGAUGUUUACCUUUUUAUAAUUUGAAAGAUACAAAUUCACACAGCCUUUGAUAUUUUCCCAUUUUUCUUGAUUGAUUUUUCUCCUCUUUCCCUAAUACCUGCUAUAUCAUCUUAAAAUGGCUUUAAACUAUUUGCACUCUGACACAAAAGUUUACAUUUCACAGUAGUGUAUCCUCCUUAGGUUUAUGCAAAUAUUCUAUUAAAUUUGAAAGUGCUUUUUAAAAAUUAAAACUUUCAUCUAAUGAUAGAAAUCUGUCCUGUUAGUGUCGCUCAUUUGGAUUAAAUUACUGGCAGACGAAAAGUGAUUUUACCACACAAAUUGCAGCAAAAUGUUUUGAAUAAUGUUUGUCUUUAGGGGUUUUUCUGUGACAGCUUUUCAUGUGAACAAAUUGUUUGUCUUCCUUAACACCUUACUGAGAUUUCAGGGUGUAACAACUUGAAUACUCUGUGUGGUUUGGUUGUGGAUGGCAUUCAUAUGAGAAAAUAAAUAAACUUGCUACCAUCUGA